AUGUCUGGGGAAUCUUCUGUGCACUUUUCUCUGUUUCUGCUCUUUUUAGUAAUCCAUAAAACCUUUUCAGGUUUUGAGCUAACAAAUAUAAAGUGCACUUCCUUGGACGAAUCAUUUGCUAGGUUCGACUAUUGCUAUCUGAAGUCUAUGAAUCGAACUUACAAAUACGGAUCCUUGAAAGUAAAACUUCUCAAAGUGCCCAUACACAAAAUUAAAGUUAAUUUUGCAUUGUAUCAACGACUUAACGGAUACAAGCCAUUCCUUUAUAAUGUUACAGUCAAUGGGUGCAAAUUCUUAUUAAAUCAAAAAGCUUCUCCAGUGGCCGCGUUUAUUUUUAACCUUUUUGCUCCCUAUUCGAACAUGAAUCAUUCGUGUCCCUUUGACCAUGACUUAAUUGUGGAAAAAGUGCCUUAUUCUUAUUUAAACGAUCAACUGACAGUUGUAUUGCCGUUUCCAAAAUCUUCUUAUGGAUUUUACAGCGAUUGGUAUGCCGAUGGGAUAAAACGAGCAUUCGUUAAUGUUCAUGGUACUCUAACUUAA